ACACUGCAGGACUGCCCGACCAGUUUGUUCGUUGUUAGGUCUUGUUUCAAUCUUCUUCAAUACUUCGAGGUUAUUUUUUUCUUUGCAAACUCUAAGUACGCCAUACGUUCCGUUGCUGAGAGAGUUGGACGUUGCUGAAUAGAAAUCCAUUACAGCCUGUUUUGAGCCAUGACUUCGCCCGCUCGACGUCGCCUCAUGCGGGACUUGAAGCGGCUCCAAGAUGAUCCCCCAGCAGGUGUUAGUGGAGCGCCGACAGACAACAAUAUCAUGCUUUGGAAUGCCGUGAUAUUUGGCCCUCAAGAUACGCCAUUUGAGGACGGCACGUUCAAACUGACCAUGGAAUUCACGGAAGAGUAUCCUAAUAAGCCACCGACAGUUAGAUUUAUCUCAAAAAUGUUCCAUCCUAAUGUAUAUGCAGACGGAGGCAUCUGCUUAGAUAUCCUACAAAAUCGAUGGAGCCCAACGUAUGAUGUGUCCGCCAUUCUAACUUCGUUACAGUCUUUGUUGGAUGAGCCUAAUCCAAACAGUCCAGCCAACAGCCAGGCUGCUCAGCUUUAUCAGGAAAACCGUCGGGAAUACGAGAAGCGUGUUACUGCAAUUGUAGAAGAAAGCUGGAUGGACAACUCCUAAUAUUGGCUGAUGCUCUCUCUCUCUCUCUCUCUCUCUCUCUCUCUCUCUCUCUCUCUCUCUCUCUCUCUCUCUCUCUCUCUCUCUCUCUCUCUCUCUCUCUCAAGCUGUAGUCUUGACUGUAUCCCACAGACUACCUAUGCUCAUGCAUUUUCGCGAUCCAACCUGGUGUUGGCGUGAUCUCAGGACCACUCUGGGUCCAUUGCAUGCAUCACGCUUUCGUUGUAUCCUUUUGCUGAUGCUCUUAUUUAAUACUCGCCGCUGCCGAGCGCUCUACUAUAGCAUCCUGUUGUGGCAAUGAGAGUUUAUUCCUCCUGUAAAGUACCAUGUGUCGUUACCACCCCACUGUCCUGUCAGUUAUUUUCAUUGCCUGUAUAAAGCUCAUUUGUUCUGCCAGCUGCCUCCCCCCCCCCCCCCCCCCCUCAUUGCUUAUACUUAUUCUGUUUUGUUGAUGUCCACCAAAACCCUGGUCUGCUUUAUGAUGUGUACAUGUAUUGUAUCCUGUGUGUGUGUGUGUGUGUCUCUCUCUCUUUUCUCUUUUCUCUUUUUUUGGUCUCUAGUAUAUCCCUGUGGCCACUGACAUUGUGUAUCAUUUGCCUUCGUGACAGCUGACUGCUGCUGUCUGUGGCUGUGAUUGCCCCGUCCCCGCGUUGUCUUCUUCACAGUCUACUUGAAUUGCACCCAGUUCUGUUUUCAACGCUCGGUUUCAUAUGUUUUGUAGUUUUAGCUCCGCCAUGCAGAGAACUUGAUCUCUCGGAAGAUUUAAAUUGA